CGAGAGGGAAGACAUCUGUGGUCCAGUCGUCUACUCGUUGGAAGCAACACUGCCAGGAAUGAUGAAGAUUGUUUACGUUGUAGCCGUCACCCUGUGUCUGGCCGUGGCUUCCGACGCCAGGCUGAACGCGACUGUAGAGGCCUCCAACAGCACCCGAGCCAACGACACCAGCGCUCAGCCCAAGCAGCUCUACUUUGAUGACCUCUACCCCUCGGACCCGGAGGCGAGAUCAGCCCUGUCGGUCAUUGGAUCACUCCUCCCCCAAGCCAUCCCCUUGGUAGUGCCGGUGGUAAAGGAUCUCUACAACCGUAUCUUCGGCAGGGACGCCCUGGCGCUGCAGUCUCCCGGCGCGGGACAGGACCUCAUGUCCUUGCUGCCCUUCAUCGUCACCGCAGAUCAGGGCGGUAUCUCCUACCUCGCCAAGCCGUCUGCUGCUGGCGUGGUCGCCUCUCCCGGGGUGCCGUACAUCUACCACGUGUCCUCGCCUGCCGCCUACCAGCCUGCCUACCAGCCCGCCUACCAGCCUGCCUACCAGCCAGCCUACCAGCCCUACCAGCCCGCCUACCAGCCUGCUGUCUCCCUGCUGGCGCCCGGCAUGGCUAUCCGCCCCACCGGCACCCGGAGCAGGUCUAUAAACACAUUGUUUACUUAAUGGCUUUACCAGGCCGACAUCACCGCUUGCAGCAGAGGGGAAUUAUUGUGAACCGGUGGCGGAAUAAUUAAAAAAUAUAUAUGCUAAAUUCAA